AUGGUUCACAACAAUUCGACGAGAGCCUUUGUAGGGCAUGUGACUUUAGCGUGACAAGUAAACACUGACACGUUUUAACAGAGUGACCACUGUAAUUGUGUGGGUGUGUCCGUACCGAAGUGACACGUACCGAGAAAACGCAGCGUGUACGACUCAGUGACCAGUUGCAGCAGGCGAGUGAUAAGUGGAGCAAAUCGGUGCGUUUUACAUAGCUGAUGAAUUAACCAGCAUCAGCAAUGCAGUGCUGGUCUACAUAGCACACUGAUGUCAAGUAAUGGAGUAACAUAUGGUGCUAGUUAGCCUAGAAAACUAUCGGAUCUGUCAAACAGCCCUAUGUGUCUCCUCUUAAAGCAGUCAGCUAUGGGUGAGAGGAAGGGCUGCAGGUUCACUUUGGAGGUCUCCUCUCUGUAGCUGUCUUUUCUGAACAGCUGGUGCUGGAAGCCCUGGAUGGCGUGUCCUGUCCAGUUCCUCUGCCGGGGGCUUCGCACUGUUGCAUUAAUUAUCCUCUACUAUGUCUUCUCUAUAGGCAUCACCUUCUACAACAAAUGGAUGAUGAAGGGCUUCCAUUAUCCUCUCUUCAUGACAUUAGUUCAUCUUGCCAUCAACUUCUGCCUGUCGGCUCUAACGAGAAAGGCCAUGCAGCGCUGGACGGGGAAAGCCCGUGUCAUUCUGAGCUGGACAGAUUACUUCAAUAAAGUAGCUCCCACAGCCUUGGCAACAGCACUGGAUAUUGGACUUUCCAACUGGAGCUUCCUCUUCAUCACCGUUAGCUUGUACACCAUGACCAAGUCUACAGCAGUGCUCUUUAUUCUCUUUUUCUCUCUGGUCUUUAAACUAGAGGAGCCGAACCCGUUCCUGAUCCUGGUGGUCCUGCUGAUCGCCGGUGGUCUUUUUAUGUUUACAUUCGAGUCGACCCAGUUCAACCUGAAGGGCUUCAUCAUGGUGCUGCUGGCGUCCUUCUUAGGCGGGAUCCGCUGGACCCUCACUCAGGUCCUCAUGCAGAAAGCAGAGCUGGGCCUUCAGAACCCAGUAGACACCAUGUACCACCUGCAACCUCUCAUGUUCCUUGACCUCUUCCCCCUCUUCCUGUAUAAUGAAGGUGAGAUAAAUUCUUAUGUGAUAAUUUUGUCAUCCUCACUGUGUUGUCACUCAUCUCUUGUCACUACACUAAACUCUGUAGCUCUAAUUAUGACAGUUCAGUUUAUUUAUUUGAAAUGUGUUGUAGACCUGUCUGUGGAGACCUGUUGUCUUUUCAUCAUAUAUCUGAUGACGUGUGAUCUGCAUCAGUACCCACACCUCCGUUAUUUAAUUUUCACAUUAAGAACAACUAAUGAGGAUCAAAUAUACACCAUUACAGUGGAAAAAACACAUUUGCGAGCUAAAGGGGUAUUACAGUGAUGCAAAAAAACUGUGGUAGUGUGG